GGAACGCGCGAGGGGCGGCUCGGCGUUGUUACAGCUUUUAUAUAAACGAAGCGCGAUCUCGUAAUCAUUCCAAUUUCAAGUCUCGUCGCGAUCCCGUCGGGAGAACGCGCGAAAAGUGACAGUUCGAUUUUCGAAGUUGUUUUUUUUACAAUAACCGUAUUUCGUUGCAAUGGCGUUCACUAGUGCAAGAAAUAUUUUGGAUAUCAAAGAAAAAACACACUUCAAGCAUGAAAACACGAGAAUCAAUAAAUACACUCUCGCGGACAAGCUGCCACAGCAGCUGUCGGAGCUGACCAUCAGGCCCGCGUACUCCAUCCGCCGCAUCACCAACAGCGACCGGGAAAAGGUCCUGGACUUCCUCGGAAGGUUCUUCUUCCGCGACGAGCCGCUCAACAUCGCGGUCAACCUGCUGGACGGCCCCGAAGACAGGUGCUACGAACUGGAGGAGUACGUGUCGGCGUCGCUGCCGGACGGCGUGUCGGUCGCGGCUGUUGAUGAUGACGAUGAGUUCGUCGGUGUAGUUGUUAACGGGAUCGCUAGGAGAGAGGAGUUCAGCACCGAAGACAAGUCAGUCUCCUGCCCCAAUCCGAAGUUCCAGAGGAUCCUUAAGGUGCUGGGUCACCUGGAGCGGGAAGCUCGCAUCUGGGACAAGCUGCCGCCGUCCUGCCACACGGCUCUGGAGGUGCGGAUAGUGUCGACACACAGCGAAUGGCGAGGCAAGGGACUGAUGAAGGCGCUGUGCGAGGAGUCGGAACGGAUCGCGCGAGAAAUCGGCGCGGACGCAUUGCGUAUGGACACAACGUCUGCGUUUUCCGCAGCCGCAGCGGAGCGACUGAAGUACAAGAAAAUCUACGAAGUGCCGUACGCAGAUUUGCCCUAUGCCCCGCUACCCGAGCCACCGCACUAUGAUGCCAAAGUAUACAUCAAAGAGAUAUAAACAAAGAAAAAUGUUCUCAUGUACCAUAGAAGAAAUUAAUUUAUAGGCAAAUGGAGGGCCUACGUCAUUUGGUCGGGUUAAGUUUAGUCAAAGUUAGUCGUAAUAUUCGGUCGACUGGGUUUGCCAUAACACGACUAAAUUACGUAUGUCCGAUAACUGCCCAUGAAUCAAUUUCCUGAUAGUAUUUUUAAGAUUAAUUAUUAUGAACGCCUGCGGGAAAAGAAAAGCAAAACGCGAAAAUAGCGCCUGUUUAAUUCAUCAUAGCAAUCCCGACAACUAUGUUUAUAAAUUAGGUGUCUCUCUAAACUCCGUAAGAUGUUUUCCUGCUUGCAGGCUGUAUUAAUAAAACACAAAAUAAUUAAGUUGAUAAUUUUAAGGGAAAUUGGAAGGAAUUUAGAAUUUGUCGUUGAUAUUUGUUCGUGUAGAAUGUAGACAAAAUUUUUAUUAAAAUAGACGACAAGUUUCAAGUUUUUACUUUGUAUAGAGUCAAGAUGGCUAAUAGUUUAAGACUUUAGUGUAUUAAGAAAGUAAAGAUGCAA